AUGGUCUAUUUGGGAGCAGACAGGGGACACCGAAAAACCAGCCCAUGGAAAUCAAAAGCAGAAUGGGACUUAGUUCAAUGGCUCUGCAAGUGCGAGCUGUCUCAAGCUGAAAUAAACAAAUUUCUCCGGUUGGAAUUUAUUCACCACCUUGAUCUGUCCUUCUCCUCAGCAAGGGAGAUGUACACGAUAAUCCGAGUGUCGCUACCUCAGGGGCCACCUUUCCAGCAUGCAUUGGUUGUGCUAAAGGAUGCCCCAGAUGAGCAGCAUGAGCUCUAUUUCCGCGACAUCAUUGCAUGCUCAGCAUUUCUGUUCAGUAAUCCUGACUAUAAGGAGGUUAUUGAUUAUGAGCCAGAGGAGAUUUUUGUGACUGACAGAAAUGGGACACCCACAAGAAAUUGA